CUCAAGCGUGUAAGAUCACGACGGCAAAGCAUUAUUACUCCACUCCAAGAUAAGUGGUGGUGACUACGAGGUCGUAAUUGGGCAAAGAAAGCCACUUAUAAAAGACAAACUGUAAUUGUUAUUCAGUUGAAUCGUACGUUAGUGUCAUCAAUAGUGAUAGCGAAGAUAAGACCAAUCCAGGAUGGGUGAAACAAUUCUAGGCGAAUAUGUGGAACAACAACCACUAACAUUUUUCGUGAAUGGAAAAAAGAUCAUUGACCCCAAUCCGGACCCUCAGUGCACCCUGUUGACAUAUUUGCGUGACAAGCUGCGUCUGUGUGGAACCAAACUAGGAUGCGGGGAGGGUGGUUGUGGUGCUUGUACGGUAAUGAUCUCCCGAAUCGAUCGCCAGACUAAUCGUGUAUUGCACGUGGCAGCUAAUGCGUGUCUCACGCCCGUUUGUGCAGUCCAUGGGAUGUCGGUUACAACAGUUGAAGGAAUUGGAAGUACACGGACUCGUUUACAUCCGGUUCAGGAGAGAAUUGCCAAGGCUCACGGAUUGCAGUGCGGCUUUUGUACUCCGGGAAUCGUGAUGUCUAUGUACGCUUUGUUGCGAAGCUCUCCGGUGCCAACGAUGAAAGAACUGGAAGUGGCAUUUCAGGGCAACCUAUGUCGCUGCACAGGGUACCGACCAAUUCUGGAAGGAUACAAAACGUUCUCACAGGAGUACGGUAGUUCUCAGAAUGGAUACUGUGCAAUGGGUGAUAAGUGCUGUAAGAACACAAACGGAAAAGAAAAUGGCUGCGGAGUAGAGAUUAGCGAGAAAUUAUUCGAUGUGAGUGAAUUCGCACCGUAUGAUCCGUCUCAGGAACCAAUUUUUCCACCGGAACUGAAGCUUUCGAACGUACUGGAUUCGGAAUCGUUAGUUUUUCGGUCGGACAGCACGAGUUGGCACCGUCCAACAAAACUCGAACAUUUGUUAGCUCUUAAAAAGCGGCACCCAGAGACCAAGAUCAUUGUUGGCAAUACCGAAGUGGGUGUGGAGGUAAAAUUCAAGCAUUUCGAAUACCCAGUGUUAGCUUACCCAGUGAAGAUUCCUGAAAUGACACGUAUAGAAAGGUUGGAAGGGGGACUACAAAUUGGAGCGUCUGCAACACUAAUGGACAUGGAAACUGUGAUGAAGGAUGAGAUUGCUAAGCGUCCAGAGUACGAAACAAGAUUAUACAAGGCGAUCGUUGACAUGUUGCAUUGGUUCGCGGGGAAACAAAUCAGAAAUGUUGCUGCGGUCGGAGGAAACAUCAUGACUGGUAGUCCAAUUUCCGAUCUUAAUCCAAUCUUUACGGCGGCGGGUAUCAGGAUGGAAGUUGCCAGUCUGGAUAGCGGAUUCCGAACUGUUCACAUGGGUGACGGAUUUUUCACCGGAUAUCGUAAAAACGUGAUUCGCCCGGAAGAGGUUUUGAUCUCUAUUUUUGUGCCGAAAAGUACCAAAAAUCAACAUUUCAUAGCCUACAAGCAGGCGAAACGGCGUGACGACGAUAUCGCAAUCGUGAACGGAGCGUUCAAUGUUUUCUUCAAACCAAAUACAGAUAUUGUUGAAAAGAUUCAUUUGGCUUUUGGAGGUAUGGCACCGACAACAGUUUUAGCUAAGAAUACUGCUACAGCUUUGAUAGGACAGAGAUGGGAUAGUGGCUUAGUGGAAAAGACCAAUGAUCUAUUGGUAAAAGAAUUACCUCUGGAUCCCGGUGCUCCCGGUGGAAUGAUUCUUUAUCGUAGAUCGCUGACAUUGAGUUUAUUUUUCAAAGCUUAUCUUACGAUCAGUGAGGCACUUUCUCUGGAAUUUCCUGAUCGAGUUCAAAUUCACGAGCGAGAAAAAAGUGGUGCUCAAACUUUCCACACAUUAGUUCCGAAGAGUGCUCAGCUAUUUGAAAAGGUUGCUUCUAAUCAACCCAUUACGGAUCCGAUCAGACGACCGAAAGUGCAUGCUUCCGCAUUUAAACAGGUAACCGGAGAAGCUGUUUACUGUGACGAUAUUCCAAAAUACUGUAAUGAGUUGUAUCUUGCACUGGUUACCAGCACGAAAGCCCAUGCCAAAGUACUUUCGCUCGAUGCAUCAGAGGCAUUAGGUAUGGAAGGAGUUCAUCGUUUCUUUUCCGCUGAUGAUUUGAACGAGGACCAGAGCAGGUGUGGACCGGUGUUUCAUGAUGAGUACGUAUUCUACAAGGAUUUGGUCACAAGCCAAGGCCAAAUACUCGGUGCAAUUGUUGCAGAUAACCAAGCCAUAGCACAAAAAGCAGCUCGUAGAGUUAAAAUUGUGUACGAAGAAUUAUCUCCGAUUAUUGUAACGUUGGAAGAUGCGAUCGAAAAAGGAUCGUUCUUUCCCGGGUACCCAAAGGCUAUUGUGCAGGGAGACAUUGAGAAGGGAUUCCAACACGCAGCUCAUGUUAUUGAAGGUGACUGUCGAAUGGGUGGCCAAGAGCACUUCUACUUGGAAACCCAAGCUUGUGUGGCCAUUCCGAAGGAUUCGGACGAAAUUGAGGUGUUCAGCUCUUCGCAGCAUCCGACUGAAAUACAGCAACACGUUGCUCACGCCCUUGGGAUUCCAUCGUGCAAAGUGGUAUCGAGAGUGAAACGAUUGGGCGGUGGUUUUGGCGGAAAGGAAUCACGGGCAGCGAUGGUGGCUGUUCCGGUUGCACUGGCAGCCUAUACGCUUAGGAGACCGGUUCGGUGUAUGUUAGACCGCGACGAAGAUAUGGCCAUUAGUGGCACCCGUCAUCCGUUCUACUUCACUUACAAAGUUGGGGUGAAUAGAGAAGGGCGACUGUUGGCUGGAGAUUUCAAGGCAUACAACAAUGCUGGCUAUUCUAUGGAUUUGUCCUUCUCGGUUCUCGAAAGAGCAAUGUUCCACAUACAGAAUGCAUAUAAGAUUCCAAAUCUGCGAGUGCAAGGCUGGGUUUGCAGAACAAAUUUACCAUCGAAUACUGCCUUCCGUGGAUUUGGUGGCCCGCAGGGAAUGUUGGUAGCGGAAACUAUGAUGCGCCACGUGGCCAGGAACCUGAAACGAGAUUAUGUGGAGCUGGCUGAGCUUAAUAUGUAUCAGGAGGGUGACAAAACUCAUUACAACGAGUCCAUUGAGAACUGUAAUGUGCGCCGAUGCUGGACAGAAGUAAUCGAAUCGUCCGAGUUCGAGAAACGACGAGCUGCAAUCAAGCAGUUCAAUCAACAGCACCGUUGGCGAAAGCGUGGUAUCAGUGCAGUUCCCACGAUGUUCGGGAUUGCAUUUACUGCCGUUCACUUGAAUCAAUCCGGAGCGCUGGUGCAUGUGUAUCAGGACGGAACGGUCCUGUUGUCCCACGGUGGAACUGAAAUGGGACAGGGGUUGCAUACGAAGAUGAUACAGGUUGCGGCUACUACUUUGAAGAUUCCGUUCGAGGGAAUUCACAUUUCCGAGACGGCAACCGAUAAGGUACCCAACACACCGGCUACUGCUGCCAGUGCCGGAUCAGACCUGAAUGGAAUGGCCGUUCUGAAUGCAUGCAAAGUUAUCUUCGAUCGCCUCGAGCCCUACAGAAAACAAUUCCCCGAUAAGGAUUGGAAUUUCUGGAUCAACAAAGCGUACUUCGAUCGAGUUUCAUUAUCUGCAACCGGGUUUUACGCGACUCCAGAUAUCGGUUAUGAUUUUGCUACUAAUUCCGGCAAUCCGUUUAACUACUUCACGUUCGGUGCUGCUUGUUCUGAAGUUGAAAUCGAUUGUUUAACCGGUGACCAUCAAGUGAUUCGUACUGAUAUUGUAAUGGACCUGGGAUCUAGUAUCAAUCCGGCGAUAGAUAUUGGUCAAAUUGAGGGAGGAUUUAUGCAAGGCUAUGGUCUGUUCACAUUGGAGGAAAUGGUUUAUUCUCCAACCGGAACAAUCUAUUCCCGAGGACCUGGAGCGUACAAAAUACCCGGAUUUGCUGACAUUCCUGGCGAGUUCAACGUAUCGCUAUUGACGGGAGCACCGAAUCCUAGGGCCGUGUACUCAUCGAAGGCUGUCGGAGAACCACCGCUGUUUCUGGCUUCAUCGAUUUUCUUUGCCAUUCGAGAAGCUAUUUCGGCAGCCCGACUGGAGGAAAAGCUGGACGAUGAUUUUAAUUUCAUUUCACCGGCUACUUCUUCGAGAAUUCGACUUGCGUGUCAAGAUAAUAUAAUAAAGAAGUUUGCGGAAGCUGAUGCUAAAUCUUACACCCCAUGGAAUGUUAUGCCGUAGUAGGAUAUUAUGAAAAAUUAAAGUUUGUUGUGUUAUAUUUUAUAAAUAGAAAAUAAAUGUCACAAUUGAGCGAAACGUCAA